UACUUAUCUCUCUCUUUCUGCAUUUAUGGCUUGCUAGAAUUUAUUCUCUCUAGAAACACAAACAAAUCAUCUGCAAAAACAACUUUCUUAUAUACUUGUCUUUCUCCCUUGAUUCUUACCCUCUUUUUUGCUACUGCUUCUGCAACUCAGUCUCACCCUCUGCAUUGUAUUGUCGGGUUUUUUGCUGAGUUAACUCGAUCCGAGAUACGAGUUGUUCGUUCAUUUGGUUGUUGAUGUUCUCUGCUUUCGCACUACUACAUCAACGAUGUGUACCACGACGUCUACUUCAUUUUCUGCUGUGAGACGGAGAAUCGCGGUUUUAGUGGCGUUUUUUUGGAUUCUUGUUUUGAUCAUGGUUCUACCUCGUACUGGAAUGCUGUCCAAAAUUCAUGGUUUUCGAUUGGAGAGCUUGAUUUCUUCCGCCGUUAACGAAGUCCUUCCUUCACCUCACCGCAAGCUCUUAGCUUCAAAGAGUGUUGACAAGCCUACCAGAUUCUGGGAUGACACUAACAAGUGCACUGAAUCCGAUAUUCAGAUUAACCAAGGACCAGGUGCACCUUUGCCCUCAGGUAUACCCACUUACACAGUUGAAAUCGCAAAUGCCUGUCUCUCGGGUUGUGACAUCUCCCACAUUCACAUUCGCUGUGGAUGGUUCAGCUCUGCCCACACCAUUGACCCACUGAUCUUCAUGCGGGUCCGAUUCAAUGACUGCCUCCUAAAUGGUGGCGGAACACUGAAGCAUGGGACGUCCAUUUCGUUUCAGUAUGCAAACUCAUACAGUUACCCUCUUUCAGUUUUUUCCAUGAGAUGCAGCUUCUAGGUAGAUUUUGAUACAGUUUUUGGACUUUUAGGUGUUUAAUUAGCACCUAGUUUUAUAGGCCGGGUAUAUUUUGAUCUAGGUUUGGAAGCGUUCAUUUUGGUAUAGUUUUGAAAUUCGAGCUAGGAUUAGGAUUUGCGUGAAGUCAAAGAGAGUUUUGGGGAUUUGGUGGUGUAAUUAGACUAGAGGUGAGUUGAAUCUUGGCCUAGUAUUCAUGUUGAUGUAUAUACGAGUAGUAUUCUAAUGAAAUUUUUGCGAGCACACACUGACACACUCUAAAAAUGGAGUAAAAAGUAUUACUUCAUAUUGUAAAGCCAAUUGAAUCCUACUAUACUAUUGAGUAUUGAAAUGAAGUAUGAAUGGCAGUUUUAUUCGUCUUUUUGGACUUUUAUUUUUAAAAUCGCAUGAAUUAAUUAAGAAAAAUUUAGCUAUUCUAUGAUUUUUUUUAAUAUUGCUUGUUAGAAAUUUCCUUAAAUAACAGACUUAUACAGUUAACUUAAAAACCAAUAAAAAUUGCAAGAACUUUCUUGACGAUCGAAGCCUACUUCCUUGAAAAAACUAAGGUAUUUGGUAAAGAACCCUAAAAUUUCAUACGACUCAUCCUAGUUUCUUACUUCUACUCUCUUUCCACAUGGCAGGAUACUAGUUGUUAAUAAAUUAGCCUUCCUAAUUGUUUAUUUAUAAUUAUGAGUAUUUUGAAUGAGAUUGGGGAUCUAAAAAAAGGCUAACUUCAAGCCGUUACUGAAUACUGAUUCUUUGGUAGGUAGAGAAUGGAGAGUAGAGUAGGAGGGGACAGUAAAGGGUGAGGGUGUUUGGGUAGGCUUAAUAAAGUCUUAAGUAUUGGGGUUUGUAUCAUUGUCAUACUGUCAUUACUCAUUCUAUCGCCGCCAGGCGCAGUGGAAGAAACUCCCAACAUGUUUGUCUAAUUCUCUUUUUCUGUUUAUGUCUCAUUGUCUCUUAACCUCUCACUGACUUUUGUUUCACCGUCCUUAA